AAAUCAACAAUGGAAUUUGUUUGUGGUAGUUGUUAGCCGUACAUAAAAUUGAAUACGAAAUAAUUAUUAGACGUUAUCACUUACACUCUAACAUUGUAAAGUAACAUAUUUACAGCCAUGGCACAGGAUUUAAUGAGCCAGUUUUAUACAACUUUAAAUCUUCCUUUGCAAGAAAAACUAUGUGAGCUAACAAGAAUAAUAGAUCAAUCAGCUCCUAACAAGGAUUUACAAGCAAUAUUUCCACAGCUAAUUAAUAGUAUGUUUUCAACAACAUUCAGUAAUGGCUGGGGCCUUAAAACAAUCACAUUUGAUGAUGCUAAUAGGCAUGAAUUUGAAGCCCUCACAAGUUUCCUUGAGCCACAAGGACCAAUGUUACGGCUGUGUUACAAGCUCCUUACGGACCCACAACUGAAGUACAACCUGCCCUUAAAUGUCUUGCCUUUAGACUUGCAAGUGUGCUUAGAGAGAGGAAGGUAUUCCCAGUUUUAUGCUGACAUGCUGACCCUGGACUCACAAUCCCUGAAUGUGGUAGCUCUUGCACUCAAUCCAUUUGAUUAUUACAUCUUCAACUUUGCAUUAUAUUUGGUCAAUAAUAAUAAUGGUAAAAAUUCAUGGGAGAAUUGGAACAGUGUAUAUUUUGCUGUUGCAUGUGAUUACCUUAUGCACUUUCUGCCUUCUGAUCCAAAUGUUUCUGUGUUACCCCACAUACCUAAUUACACUGGAAAGGUGCCUAUUGCAGUUCCUUUGCAGACAGCUAACAGACCGCUGUAUUCUCCAUCUCUAUUGAUGAUAUCUGAUCUGUCAGGGAUGAGUAAUCAACACACCUCAACACAGACACAGUCACGGAAUGAGGUGUGGAGAUCAGAAACUGUUUUACAGGUUUUUAUUGAUAUUUGGAUGAGUGUUGAGCAGUUCAAUCCAAGAAAUGUUGAGGUUUACCAAAGAAACUAUCCAGUACUGUGCUCUAGUCCAGAACGAGUCAGGACCGUAAGGGUUCUUGUUAAGCACAUCCAUUCUUAUUCCGCAAAACACUUAGCUGACCUUGCGUCACGAUCAUCAGCAUUGAGGAAGUAUGCGCGACAGAUAAUGUGCGCUCGAGCAUAUUGCUAUGUCAAACAUUUGGUCACCACGUGGCCCCUGGAUGCUUCGUUUAGGCUUGUAAUGGAGCUUUGGUUGAGCCUUAUUCAACCAUGGCGAUACACUGAGAAUAACAUAAAUCAAGACAGACUACCUCUUUCUAACAACAACCAAGAGGAAAGCAAUGCAAACAGUUUGGAUUCAAGUUUCACACAGUUCAUAGCUGAGAACUUUCCAUCGUACACAUGCAUUUUUCAAAUGGUGCUACCUAGAUUCAUGAGAUUGGAUUUGACUACGCAUAAGAAUGCUGUUAUGCUUUUUAGACUUGGAAAGGUAUUCUCCCAACAACAUCUAGUACCAAUUUUGCGAAAUCUCGAACAAGCAAUUACUGACAACAGUGUGGGUAUGCACCUCAGCCAAAACAACAGUUACAACUCUUCCUUUGAUCAAAGCUAUACAUACAAUGGAAUUGCUCUUCAUAAAUGGGUAGCAAUAGCAAAGCAAGCUAUAUCGGAGUUUAACCUUUCGGCUAAUUAUGAAUAUGAACCAAUUUGGAGUGAAAAUAAAAAGCAAUUGUCAUUGGACUUUUUGAAGAAAAUAUACACUGCGAAAUUAGCAGCUGAAAAAAACCUUGAAGAUGUGAGCAGACGAAUUAAUGAGCAACAAGAAGGUGUUUGGGCUAACAUUAAGCAUUGGUUCAUGAUGGGAAAUUAUGAAGAAGACGAAGCUCUGCUGGAGGAAUACAGAAAAGUGCCCAGUUACUUGAAUGCCACUGUUCAUUAUUUCUCAGAUAUUUUUGGUAUCAAUGAAAACAAUGUCCUGCCAACCGAGCCAAUUGUUGAGGAUAGUUUAGAACACUCUUCAUUUGCUAACUCCACAAAUUUCCCGGCAAUGAUAACAAACAAGCUUCGUAAUAAACACGCUGAAAUUCAAUAUAUGGGUGACCCAGAUUUGAUGCCAAUAUCGUCUUACGAAAGCACAAUUUUAGUCCGAAUGCUUUAUCAAAUAUCUUCAAGAAUAAAUGAAAUGUACCAAGAAGAAUUCUCAAGACUAUGGACAAAAAAUAAUUUCUGGGGUUUCAUGGCCAGAGAAAUAUUGCAGCGGCCAUGCACUAUUCACACGUAUGUAAAGGAUUUUACAAAUCAUCAGAACAUCGUGAGUCAGAACUUGCCCGCUCGACUUUCCUUGAGACGCCUCGGGUCACAAGCAUUCGCCAUAUGGAUGACUAUAGGCUACAUAAUAUUCCGAUUGUUUUCAUUCAGUGGAUUCACCUAUUUAUUUUUUAUAUUCACUGUAUGGUUUUUAUUCAUAAUCACUAAGGUAGUAUUUAAAAUGAUUAGGAUCAUGCAACAAUAAUGUAAUUUUUAUACUAUAAUGAAUAAAGUAAUUUU